UCUCUCCUCUCUCUCUUUUUCCCUCUCUCACUCUAUUUCUCUCUCUUCUCCCUCUCUCUCUCUCUCUCCCUCUCUUCAUCGCUUCGAGGACAAAAGUGCCCGCAGACGCAUUUCUCUCCGGAGCCCUCCCUCUCUCCUCUCUUUUUCUCUCUCUCUUUCUCUCUCUCUCUUUCUCUCUCCUCUCCCUCUCUUCUCCUCAGUGUGCAUGUAUAUGCUCUAUUGUCAACAAAGCUGCGUAAGGAGGAAAGGAACGAAUGGCUGAAUAGGAGAGAAAGGAAAGGAGAACAUCAGAUGUUUCCCACUUUGCACAACUAUGCGUAAUCAAGCUGCUGGUUGAGGGAGGGUAGUGAAUAAUGUAUGAAAAGCUGACCAUGCUGAACCUACAAAAUGGAUCAAACUGGAACGGGCCAAACGACUGGUACCACCAGCAGGCCAACAUGCCACCACAGCACACCACAGUUUCAGAUGGGUGCAUGGCAGACCCAGAAGGGGUCAUGCAAGGAGGAGGAGUAGGAGGAGGAGGCUUAGGUACCAUGGGAGGCAGAGGGGGUGGAGGUGGAGGAGGAAGAGGAGGAGGAGGAGGGGGAGUGCAAGCUGAGAAGGAUGAAGGUGAGGAGUCACAGCUGAGGCUGCAGCUGAAGAGGAAGCUGCAGAGGAACCGCACCAGCUUCACCCAGGAGCAGAUCGAGGCCCUGGAGAAAGAAUUUGAAAGAACCCAUUAUCCAGAUGUGUUUGCGAGGGAGAGAUUGGCCACCAAGAUCGACCUACCAGAGGCACGGAUCCAGGUGUGGUUCUCCAACCGAAGAGCUAAGUGGAGGAGAGAGGAGAAACUGCGCAACCAGAGACGGAGCGGGGUGGGGACUUCCUGUACUCAGACCCCACUGAGUACUUCCUUUAACGCAGUGUACCAGCAGCAGCAGCAGCAGCAUGGCAGCAGUGCAGGCUCCAUGCUCAGUCAGAGUGACUCAUCCCUUUCUGGCUAUAGCUCACUCUCAGUGUACUCCACUGUUCAGUCCAUCCCUCCUCAGUCCACCCCCUCUUAUGCAUGCAUGCCCUCCGCUCCACGCACGUUUGACUCGUCCUCCUAUCCCUCCCCCCACCUCCCCCCUCCCCCGCCAGCAAACAGCAGCACAGGUCUGAUUUCCCCAGGUGUGUCAGUGCCUGUGCAGGUGCCGGGGAAUGAGCAGAACAUGAACCAGAACCUCAGUCAGUACUGGGCCCGUCUGCAAUGAUGCCCUGAGACAGCAAACGCCAAGACUUUUUCUCAAGAAAACAAGAAAUGUGUGGGGAUAGGAAGAGGAACUUAAAGGGAAUUUGCUGUGCGAGAUGAAGUGUUCAGGUUUGGUAUGUGGAGGUCCUCUGAAUCUCCUCUUCCAGACUUCCUGACAUUUAAAGUUUACAAGAUGUGCAGAAAUUUAAAUCCCCUGGAAAAGACACUAUGAAAAGCUAAUUUUCACUCUGAAAAGCUUGUUUUUUUUCACUCUCUCUAUGUUUGAGAGUUCAGCUACAGUAUACUGUGAAUUCAUUGAUAUCCUUUAAGAAGCUAACUCAUAAUGAAAUAUUUUGAUAGCUUUAGAACAUUAAUGGAAUUGUAUAAAUAUGUAAUAUACAAUCUAGAUGUUUCAUAUGAGAAAGCAGGAAUGUAGCCUCUGUACUGUAACAAACUGCAUAAUUUCAAAUGGGACAUGACCAAGACACAGCCAAUCAACACUUACUCUCUUUGCCCAACGGGAAUCCAAAAGCAUAGCCUACACCCAGCAAGUGACAAUCAAAGGUAGAAAAGGGAUAAACAAUGACAAUCAAAAGUGCUCUAAUUUACACAUAACCCUAUACAAUAUGCAUGGGGGUUGUACCACAACAAUGUGCGUCAUCGUUUCUUUUUUUAGUGAUGGUUUGAUAACAGUGACAUAUAGGUGCAAUCUGUGGUGUCAACAAGUUAUCCAGUUACAGUAUGUAAACAGAGCACACCAACUCCACAUAAGAGGUUGUGGACACAAUGGAUAAAGAAAUGUAUUUUAGAUUGCAUUGUGGAAACCUUGGAAAAAUGCUUUUUGAAUACUGUUUUGCAGGUUGAUACUUAAUUGGCCAAUAUUUUAAGGCCCAAAACAAUGAGACAUAUUUUGGUCAUAUUAAACACCAAAGAUAAAUAUGCUAUCUUUGGCUUGCUUUGCUCUGCUCUGUUUUGUAAAAAACAACAUCACUAUUGACACAGACCUAUCUAGAAUGCUAACUGUAAUUUGCCAAUUUAUUUGGUAACGUUGACUUAAAAGUCUGGAUAUUGUUGUGUAGCUCUCUGCCCCAGAGGACAAAUCUUCCAAGUUAAUAGCCUUAAUGUUUAAGGCAGUGGCUUCCAUCAGCAGAAGUACAUCAAAAUACUGUCAAUAUAGAUAAAUCUUUGCACUGAUGGACUAUGAAAGGGACAGAGAAAACCAGCGCAUUGAGAGAAUUAGAGUAAACAAUAAGGAUGUUACAGAUACAGAUUGCACCUACAAACAAGAACAAGGUUAAUUUUGCUGCCAUAUUGCGUAUCGGAAAAUCAAGAUUUGGUGACAAAAAAAUACUUUUUGGUGUUGUUCUUGUUUCAAUUCACUUUAUUUUUGUCUAAGUGUCUUUCUAAAUCAGAUAAAUAUGUUAGUGUUUGUUUUGUGAGACAAAUACAUUAGUAUUUCAACAGUGAACCUAUUUUGUGGAUGGACCUAACCCUUUAAUAAAGAUGAAACUGU